CAUAGCGUUCAGGAUCAAACUAUGGACGAUUGUUAGUAGCGACGAGUACUGGGAAGUUUUAAAAUGAAGAUAUUUAUUUUAAUUUGUGUGUACGUUGCAUACGUUGCUGCGAGCCAGGAAUUGGAGGUGCCAACUGAAAAUAAUGCCGCUAAAAAGGAUGAUAAAACCACCGGUUUACUAACACCACCUGUGAACGAUGUAAGCAAGCCGCCAAAUGUUUUAGAACCUACAUCUACAAAACCACUUCCAGCCUCUGAUACGUCAGCUACAAACACAACCAAAUCUAAAGGCAAAGCAAUAAGACAUAGAAAACCAUCUCAUAAAAGACCAAGAUAUAGGCACAAAGGGUCAAAAGACCACAAGAGAUUGAAGACCAGAUUACCAAAAGGACCAGAGGAUUUAAGACACAGAAGACCAAAAUAUCAACACCAUAAAUUGCACAAAAAACCUAUACAUCGUGUUCCAAAACACAUCAAACCUAUUAAUAGACACAAACGCAUAAACAGAAGACAUGAUUAUGAUUAUUAUUAAACUGCUCAGUGGUUAGCAGAUCAUCUUUCUCCAGUCCGUGAAAAUUAAUGGGAUUUAUGACUUUAUAUCCAAAAUAAUAAAGUUCAAGAUGUAAUAAGGAAAAACUGAAAACGAUAGGUCGGUCUGCUGGCCACCGUAGUUGACGGAAAUAUGAGUUAAUUAAUUUCUGCAAUCGACUUUGGCUGCGUUAGUCUGAUCAAUAGUAGCCUAUAUAUUAUUACAGUCCAUAAUCGAUCUCUAUGCCAAUUGAUUAUGAAUCAGUAGUUUUUUAAGUGAAAGAGUAUGAUAUUAUAUGCAUACAUUUUUAAACUUUCGCAUUUAUAAUAUUGAUAGGAAUUAGUAUUGUAACAUUAAUCGCAAUAUUAAUACUGCAUUGUAACAAUAAUCGCAGUAUUAAAACUUCGAUACUAAUUCCUAAUAUCCACUUAUUAUUAUUAAACGGUUUUAUUUGCCUUGA